CGAACUCGAGAGUCACUUGCUCUCCAGAGCGCAAUCGAAACGCACGGGUCCGCGAAUUUCCAGCCUCCUCAUUGAAAAGCCCGCGCGUGCCCGAAAAAUACAAGAAGUGUGGUAAAAACCGAAUCAAUUUCUGUGUGAGGCAGCCGGAAUUAUGCCUCGCCAACGUCGCCGUCGUCUUGCUCUGCACUGAAAUCGAAAUCGAGUCCAAUGACCAGCUCUCGAGCUGGUGCUUAAGAAAGAGUUUUGCACUUUUAGCCAGCCGUCGCCGGUCAACAAGCAGGCCUUGACCCACAGUCCAAAAAACACAGACUCGAGUGCUCAAAUAUUCCGCAUUCGGGCUGCGUAUAAUUAUACAACAGUUGUAAUUACAGCUUAUAAUUAGCAGUAGUGUAAAUUGGCUUAAGGAAAACCAACCAGCAACCAAACAAAAAAUUACAAUGUGGCUUGAGUGUGUGGAGAAUCAGAAAAGUGCAUUUUUGGGUGUUCGAGCAACUUUUUGCCUGCAGCUACUUUUUGUGGGAAUGACACUCUCCCGCCUGGAAUUCGCCGCUGGCCAAAAUGCCGGAGUUGUGGCGGCUGCGGUAGCGGCUGGCCAAAACCAGACCCAGGUCUAUGUGACAGAAUCUUGCCUGCAGAAGCCCUACCGCUGUCCCCAUCCCAAGAUCCAGUUCUAUCUGUACACCCGACGCACCCAGGAGCAGCCCGAGUUUAUAGAUGUCCUGGACUCGAACGCCCUCUACUACACGCACUUCAAUCCCCGCCACCCCACCAAGAUCAUCAUCCACGGCUUCGGCGGCGGAAGGACUCUCAGUCCGAGUCCGGACCUGCGGGAGGCCUACUUCAGUGUGGGCGAGUACAAUAUCAUCAUCGUGGACUACAGUGACGCCGUGAAGGAGCCCUGCCUCAGCCAGAUGGAAUGGGCCCCGCGGUUCGGCAGCCUGUGCAUUUCCCAGCUGGUCAAGUACCUGGCCCGUCAUCCUCGCGGCGUCCAGCCGGACGACCUCCACUUCAUAGGCUACAGUGUGGGCGCCCAUAUCGCUGGACUGGUGGCCAACUACCUGAAGCCCGAGGAGGGCAAGCUGGGCAGGAUUACUGCCCUGGAUCCCACGAUAUUCUUUUAUGCGGGGGCGAACAACUCCAGGGACUUGGACACCACGGACGCCCAUUUUGUGGAUGUCAUGCACACAGGAGCCGGCAUUCUAGGACAGUGGCAUUCCAGUGGCCAUGCGGAUUUCUACGUCAACGGUGGAACCCGGCAACCCGCUUGUGUGGGCUCCGCCACUCUGUUUCAGACCCUGGCCUGUGAUCACACCAAAGUCACCCCAUAUUUUAUCGAAUCCAUAACCACAACGAGGGGUUUCUAUGCAGGACCUUGCCCCAAUCUCUUCACGUAUCUGAUUGGCUGGUGUGAGCCGAAGGACUCGGAGUACGUGCUAAUGGGCGAGCAUUGCUCUCACAAGGCUCGCGGAAACUACUAUGUGACCACCAAUGCCAAGGCGCCCUUUGCCCGAGGAUUUCCUGGCAAGGGGCGUUCCAAUGGGGAAUACCAGGGAGUCCGAAGAUAAUACUAGGCCGUUUCAUUUCCAAGUGUUUAAAUCGAUUCUGCACCCGCCUGAAUUUCUUACAUCUUUUCCAUCGUAGCACUCAUGUGAUUUUAGCUUGUUUCCUAAUUAAUUGAUACAUGUAUUUAUUUGAUUUUUGUUAUUAGUUCUAACUAUCGGCAUUUUAUGUUGAGAGUUGGGGAUCGGAACGAGUCUCGAUGUUUCGAUCAAAUCUAAUCAUUAAGUUUUAGGCUGAAAAUUGAUAUGAAUAAAAAACGAAAAGAGGAAUUAA